AUGAAGGGGAGCAGCACCCUCCUGCUGGUGGCCCUCACCCUGCUCUGCUCCUGCGGGCUAGCCAUCGGGGAUGACAACAGUGACUUUUUCAUGGACUUCCUGCAAACGCUGCUGGUGGGGUCCCCAGAGGAGCUAUAUGAGGGACCUCUUGGCAAGUACGAUGUCAAUGCGGAUGCCAAGGCAGCGCUGACGGAGCUCAAGUCCUGUAUCGAUGGCCUACAGCCUGUGCACAAGGCGGAGCUGGUCAAACUGCUGGUGCAAGUGCUGGGCAGUCAAGAUGAUGCAUAG